AUGGAAAAGCAAAUCCAAGGUAUUUACACAGCAGCAAAGUUUGUUGAAUUCCAAUCUGAAUUGACAGGAAUGAUGUAUUGUGGAAUUAACCAGGUCAUUGCGGAUGAGGCAAAUUCACAAUAUAUUAUAUACGAGGAUGUUGUAUAUGGUGAAGGAGGUAGGAAAAAAGUUCUAUUUACUGUGACGUAUGACGGUAAAUAUGUUAAUUGCUCUUGUUUGAGGUUCGAGUUUAGGGGUAUUAUAUGCAGACAUGCUAUCAAUGUUCUUGUUUGUAAUGACAUUGAACUAUUGCCAGAACCUUACAUAUUUACCAGGUGGAGGAAAGAUGUUCGAAGAACUCAUUCUCGUGUCAAAGUGAGCUGUGAUGGUUGGUCAUUGCCCCCUGAACAACGUCGUUAUGAUGAUAUGUGUAAAGCGUUCACUACAUUGGCAGAUUUGGCGGCUGACCACGAAGCGCAAUAUGAUAUUGUCAUGGAAUGGAUAGCUACAUCGUCGAGAAACAUGUCAAGUAAUUCAAACCCUGCUUUGAUUAGGGGUUCAUGCAAUUCAAAUGAUCCAGUUGUUAAGAGAUCUAAGGGGCGUCCUCGUAGUGUUAUGAAGAAGAAGAUUUACAAAAACAAACGAAAUGGGAGUGGCAGUACAUCAGCAGGCAUAUCAACUACGCAGGAGGAGGAUGAUAAUAGCGUUGCACUUUGA